CUGGCAUUACAUGUAACCAGUGUGGAUAUUCCAUUCUGUUUUUCCACCCAACCACGGCAAAGCUUCUAUGGGAAGGCAGGGACGUUUUGUGGUAGCAAGAUAGAAAGCGCCGCUCCUGACAUCAUCUGAGUGUCACUAAGCGGACAGCUAAAGAACAUGAAAGUUUAAAUUUUUCCACCAGCGUUUUUAUUUUUAAAUCGUUUUAGCAACGUGGUGUUUUUGAAAACUGUAAAAUGGAACAGCCGGCGCCCAAAAGCACGUUGAAAAAGCUGAGUGAAGACAGCUUAACGAAGCAGCCAGAAGAAGUUUUUGAUGUUCUAGAAAAGCUGGGUGAAGGAUCCUAUGGCAGUGUUUACAAAGCAAUACAUAAGGAAUCUGGUCAAGUGGUUGCAAUCAAACAAGUGCCUGUUGAAUCAGAUCUUCAAGAAAUUAUAAAAGAAAUUUCAAUAAUGCAGCAGUGUGACAGUCCGUAUGUAGUGAAGUACUACGGCAGCUAUUUCAAGAAUACUGACCUGUGGAUUGUUAUGGAAUACUGUGGAGCAGGUUCUGUAUCUGACAUUAUCAGACUGAGAAAUAAAACGCUUACAGAAGAUGAGAUAGCAACCAUUCUGAAGUCAACACUUAAAGGACUAGAGUAUCUUCAUUUUAUGAGGAAAAUUCACAGAGACAUCAAAGCUGGAAAUAUUCUUCUGAAUACAGAGGGACAUGCAAAACUAGCUGACUUUGGUGUUGCUGGGCAGCUAACAGACACAAUGGCUAAACGUAAUACUGUCAUUGGCACCCCAUUCUGGAUGGCACCAGAAGUUAUUCAAGAAAUUGGAUAUAACUGCGUGGCCGACAUCUGGUCGUUAGGCAUUACUUCAAUAGAAAUGGCUGAAGGCAAGCCACCGUAUGCUGAUAUUCAUCCAAUGAGGGCCAUUUUUAUGAUUCCCACGAACCCACCUCCUACAUUCAGGAAGCCAGAGCUGUGGUCUGACGAGUUCACUGAUUUUGUAAAGAAAUGUCUGGUGAAGAACCCAGAGCAGAGAGCUACUGCAACUCAGCUUUUACAGCAUCAGUUUAUUAAGAAUGCUAAGCCUGUGUCCAUUCUACGGGAUCUCAUAACAGAAGCCAUGGAGAUCAAGACCAAAAGACACCAGGAGCAACAGAGGGAACUGGAAGAGGAGGAGGAAAAUUCGGAUGAAGAGGUUGAAGUAGAUUCCCACACCAUGGUAAAGACCAGCUCAGAAAGCGCUGGCACAAUGAGGGCUACAAGUACGAUGAGUGACGGGGCCCAGACAAUGAUCGACCACAACAGCACCAUGCUGGAGUCCGAUCUGGGGACGAUGGUUAUUAACAGUGAUGAGGAGGAGGAGGAGAUGGAGGAAGAGGAGGAGGAUGGCACCAUGAAAAGAAAUGCUGCAUCACAACAAGCACAAAGACCUUCCUUUAUGGAUUACUUUGACAAGCAGGAUUCGAAGAAUAAAGCUUAUGAAAACAGCAAUCAAAACAAGCAGGAGCCUUACCAUAUAGCAAAGAAUGUCUUCCCAGAUAAUUGGAAGGUUCCACAGGAUGGUGAUUUUGACUUUUUGAAGAACCUGAGUUUCGAAGAGCUGCAGAUGAGACUGACCGCCCUGGACCCCAUGAUGGAGCGAGAGAUCGAGGAGCUGCGCCAGCGAUACACAGCAAAGCGACAGCCCAUCCUGGAUGCCAUGGAUGCCAAGAAGCGCAGGCAGCAGAAUUUCUAAAGGAUGCCCCGGACAUUACUUUCCUACAAGACUGCAAAUGCAUAAUGUAUUCUGGCUAUCUUAAAAAACAGGUCAUUUUUAUUAAAGGGCAUCAUUUAAAGCAGCCAUUCCUAUUUCCAACAGUCUUAUUCGUCAACACCAUACGGACAGUAGAAAACGUUAAGUUGUGCUUAAAAUGUAUUUAAAUGAAGGCUUGGUUAAGAUGCAAGAUUUUGGGCAUUCAUGUCUUUUUUUUUUUUCACUGGAUGUUUUUAGUAACGCAUUGUGGAUGAAUCGGAUUCUAAAAGACACACAGAAGUACAAACCGAAGGGAAUUGUCUAGGAAACCUGUUGCACUAACAACAGCAGAUGAAGAUUGGGUGCCUUUUUAGUCUAUUUGAUUUUGUGUACUGCUUUAACUAGUUGGUACUGCAGCACUCCCCCAUUCAGGGAACAAACAGUGGGGAAAAAAGCCAGACUGGAAUGUUAGCUUAAAAGGGUAAUAAUCAAGGCUUCUAUAUAAAUAAUCAUUUUCUAAGAAUAACUUUAAUUCAAACAACUUUUUGGUGUUAAACUUUCCUAGCAGAAUCUCAGUAUGGAGCAAAACAUUGAUAGCAUCGUUGACAGUGUACAUAUUGAAUCCAGCAGGUGUGGGAGUCUUGAGUGAUGACAGAAGUAUCUCAGUACAGCUGAUCAUCAGGAAUUAACACCAGCCUGAGUUGCUGAAUCUCUACCAAUAGAGGAAAAACCAUGUUGAUUCAGGCUCUACUUGUAAGCUUUUGGCAGCAAUACCGUAACGUCUCAUUCCUCUAAUAACCGGGUUGACAUUGCUUUUUUAUUUUAAAUUUGAAUGCAGCUAAAAUUUAAUAUAAUUUAAUUUAACAUAUUCCAUUACACAAUGGAUUAACCUAUUACACCCAAUUUCAACUGAAUACUUAUACCAAAGCUGCGUCUCCCCGCAGGAGACAAAACUGCUUGCAGGAUGACGCUCAGCGCCAUUUUCUAUUUCAGCCUUUCAGCUAUACUCAGAGAGGGACUCAGCAUUCGAAAGAGUGAAAAUUCACUAUCUUCGACCAGAAGCAGUCAGAUAAGCCUGUCUUAUUAUAUUACUGCUUGUUUCCACCCCAUCCCUUGGGAUAAACGCUGAAGCAAAAAAUUGUUUAAAUAAUUUCAUUGUGUUUUUCACUGUGAGUCUGUUUUCACGGCCUUCUGGCAGCAGCGGGCUUGUCUCAUGGUCGAGGCCUCAUAACACUGAUAGCUGCUUAACGGCAGCUUUGGCUCUCCCAGGCACGACUGCCUGAUGGGAACAAGGCCUCCCUUUUGGAUGCCACGGUCACACCAAGCCAUGCAUUCGGUCCAGCGGUGGGAUCCCAGAAGGCACGCGAAUCCACCAAAGGGCUGGUUCGCUUGCUGCCCAAAAAGGCUCCUCAAGCCAGGAAGCAAACAGUGCCUUGGCGCCCUAGGGUUCAGAAGCCCCAGACUUAGUGACCGGCAGUGGCUGUAGGUCAGGGGGCUCCCCACCAUAGGGGUGGCCUCAGCAGAAGUCCUACGGUUUGCUACCACAGGUGGAUUACUGGUGAUCAAGCAUCACGGACAUCUGGGUGCUCACUAAAGUACAGCUCGGCUACUCACUAUAUUUCAAACAGGGCCCUCCCCCCUUUUCAUGAGUGGUUACGACUUCUGUAUCCAACCCUCAAGAUGCCCUGGUGGUGUUCCAAAAGGUGAAGACCCUGUUACAAAGAAGGGUUAUUCAAGUGAUAGACCCCUCUGAUUCCAGGUACUUCCUGGUGCAGAAAAGGGACGGCGGCCUACGACCCUUUCUCGACCUCAGACAGCUCAAUCUGUUCUUGAGGCUCAGGAAGUUCAAGAUACUGACAAUAAAACAGCUCCUGUGGUCUGUCAGACCGGGUGACUGGUUCACUACGAUGGACUUGAAAGACCCUACUUCCAUGUCCCAAACCUUUUCAGGGACUGCUUACGAGUUCUUGUAUUCUGCCGUUCUGCCUUUCUCUAGCCCCUCACACCUUUUUGAAGUGCAUGGAGGUUGUCCUGGCCCCUCUGAGGCUGCAAGGCAUCGGAGUGCUCAACUAUCUGGACGACUGGCUCAUAUGCUCCGAAUCUUCAGUGCAGGCAGUAGUUCAUUCAGAACUGGUGACCGCUCAACUCGACAGGCUCGGCCUGAUGGUGAACUUGACUAAAAGCCAGCUGGUACCGUCCCAGAUUACCAUUUACCUGGGAGCCUGCUUGAACUCAAGCAGCGUGAUCGCCACUCUGUCAGAAGACAGAAUCCAGAGGCUGAUUCACCCCGCCGUGUCAUGGGAGGUCGUCACUUUCCGGAGGCUUCUGGGCCUGAUGGAAGCAGCAUCCCAGAUCCUUCAAUUGGGUCUUCUACGCAUGCGCCCCCUCCAACCUUGUUUCAAUCGCAGGGUGAAUUAUCCCCUCUUGCAACCACAUCUCCGCCUAUCGAUGCCCUGACACUGUAUGGAGGCCCUCUCGUGGUGGAAACAGCCCGCUCAUCUGUGUCUAUGUGGCAUUGGGCAGUAUCACCAGACGAGAGGUGAUCACCACAGAUGCCUCUGGCUCAGGCUGGAGCGCUGUGUGGAACAGACGAGGAGCGCAAGGUUUUUGGCAGCCCCCUUGGGUGGGGCUGCACAUAAACAUCCUGGAGCUACAGGCAGUUCUUAUGGCCUUACAGAGUUUCUUCCAGUAGGUGCAGGGGAGACACAUGUUGAUCAGGAUGGACAACACAAUUGUGGUGGCGUACAUCAACCACCAGGGCGGCCUGUGUUCGCCCCGUCUCCAUUGGUUAGCCCACAAAAUCUUUGUUGUGGGCUCAUGCGCACCUGCUCUCUCAGAGAGUGAUUCAUCUGCCAGGAGCAGACCUCCUAUCCUUCCUUGGUGAUGAGCCCGAUUGGGACAGGUUCAGGAGAGCAGAGGUUGACCUCUUUGCCUUCUUGGAAUCUGCUCAUUGUCCCACCUGGUUCCUCGUUCUGGGGAAUGGGGGUCUGCUGGGAGUCGACACCUCUACACACAAGACUUUUCAUCCUCCACCAUUCCAGUUAGAUGAGGAGCGUCGGCUCCAUACGCUUUGUCCGGUUAGGGCACUAGUGUAAUACAUUGACAGGACAAAAAGACGGCGGCAAUCUUAGCAACUGUUUAUAUGCUUUGGAGCUAAAAACCAAGGUCAUGCCCUAUUAAAACAGAGGCUGUCCAGUUGGAUCAUGGAGUCAGUCAAGAGGUCACAGGUCAUUCCACCAGGGGUGUUGGGCGUUGUUUCUGGGUGUUUCGGUCUCUGACAUUUACAAUGUAGUGGUGUGGGCCACAUUUUCACAAGGUUUUACAGGCUUAAUGUCCUGGAUCCUCAGAAUGCUGACUUUGGAACCAGAAUGUUGACAGCGGCGUCUCAGGUAAUUAUGCGCACUGUGGACGUUACCGUGCCUUAUAAUUUUCGGUCUCACCAAAUUGGCUGUUCUGCAAGUCAUGUCCUUGUGAUUUACUUACCCAUUUUGUAAUGGAAUGCAUUUCAUACUUCAAAGAGAGUGUUAAGUUAUUAUCAUAACCCUGGUUCCGUGAAAUAGAAAUGUAUCUUUUUCAAUUCUUUGGUUGCUGCGUACAUACUAUGCAGUAGGCUGAAGAAAAUGUAUGGCACAGUGCUAAGUUAAAUCGGGUGUAGUAGGUUAACCCAUUGUGUAAUGGAUGCAUUUCAUCUCAUAAAUUCAGCAGCUGUCAAGCUCUGAAUAAUAUAUGUUUUUUAAUGUUUUUGCUGCAACUAUGUGGAACUAUUGCUCUUCAAUUGGUUAUUAUAUCCCAUCGGGUUAGCCGCUAGUUUCUGUAUCUUAAGUGAAAAGUUUAUCUAUUUGUCUACAAGAUAAUUAAGGAUAUAGCUAACCUGGGGAGCAGGAAAAAAUGACAGGGCACUGGCCAGAAUGUUGUUAUGCUAAUGAGAGUUAAGAUUGUUUUUCAAACCUUGAUUUAUUACCCCUUUUAAAAAACAAAUGGGGAAACAAUAAUGUGUAAUGAUUUAGAAAUAGGAUAAUUAGCUCCUUACAGGGACCACUUGGUAUGUUGGACAUGCAUUCACAGCAGCUUUAGGUUUAUUUCUGUAAUUACUGUCUGUUUCCUAUGUGCUGUCUGUUAAAUAAAUUGUUGCCCUUUUAAAAUUGUUUGCUGAAGCAUGUCUUGGUAACCGCUUUGUAAUGGAUGCCAGUGCUUUAUGAAUACGACCUUUGUUUUAAGCCAGUCACAUUCAAACAUUAUUUAUUUUAUGAUGUAAAUACAUUUGGAGUGAAAAAAAAACAAAACAUUUAAUUACAAACUCAGAACUAGCUGUUUGUGUUCUUAAAAAUGAAAUGAUGUACAAAAUAGUUAAAUGAUUUAAGAGUUUCAAAGUAUUAUUUUAACUUUGCCUGGGUAUUUCCUGGAAAUUUAAAAUUUUAGGUUUGAUUUCCUGCACAUCUUUUCCUAAAAUCUAUAAAAUACUAAUAAUCUCUCAAAACCAUAUAUUAAAAAAACAUUUAUGUUUUAGUUUAUGAGCUCCUGAGUUUGCCCAGGUUGUUUCUUAAUAGUUUCGUAAAACUAACCAUAAGUCUGCACCUUUUGCACUGCCUUGAGUUGUGUGCUGACUUUGUAAUUGACCAUGUCUUUUAAUGAGCAGAGAGUCCCUAAUGAGUUUUCUAGUAUUGACAGAAAGAUAAAUGCUGGUGUUAAUUAAGGAUGGUAUACUGAGAUUUAGAUCGGCAUUGUCAGUAAGGAAUUGAUUUCAGUAGUGGAUUGCAUGAAGUUGUAGUUAAAGGCUAUAUUGUCUUUUUACAGUACAAGGUGCGUGACAAGGUCGUAAUAAAUGUAGGUUCAAGUCUAUUAAAAGUUGUUACAUCUGCAACAGCUCCAUCAUGCAGUCGUUGUGAUACACUAGAGAGAUCAAUUAACAUAGACUUUGUAGAAGGUAUGCGCAAACAAAUAAAGGACGAUGAUUGAUGUUUACUAGCAACCUUGUUGGCAAUAUCUGACAAACUGAUUUUAAGCUCUCAUGUUAAUCUAGGACAUACAGAUUUUUCCAUUCUUCGUUUCCUUGUAAAUUGGACUAUGAUCAUAUUUUACCAGUGAUCAUCAGUUUUCUGUAACCCAGUUAUAAAGCUAAAUGAACAAGAACAGUACUCUCCUUUUGGGAUGCAAACCGAUUCAAUAAAAAGUUGUAUUGGAGUGGAGGCCGAAUCACUGUCUGUGGUUAGCAGACAUAAUGCUGUCUGGAUCUCCAGAGCACGCUAUUACUGUAGUUUAUUUGUUUUUUAAAAAAGAAACAAAUGGAGUUUAGAAAUGUUUAAAAAGCAGUGAACAGGAUCAUGUUUUUUUAGUAUAUUGUUCAUAUUCAAUCCAAAGUAUGGUAUUGAAUUUACAAUUUGAAAUUUUAAAUAAAACUUAAAGAUCUUCACACUUAGAGACCAGGACUGUCAAUCUGACCUCUCUUGUAUUACUUCUGUAUAGUAUGUCACCCCAUUCAGUAGGAAUUAAAAUAAACUAGAUUACAAAUGAGAUAAGGUGAUGUUUCUCAUUGAAAUGUUUGCCAGAGUUUGUUUUCAGAAAAACUGAAUAUCUUUUCCAGUUGAGUUUUAAAUUAUUGUAUGCUAUUGUUAGUCAAGCUUGAUUUCUCAUAGGUUGCAGUUCUAGCUGUGUAGUUAUUUGCUUCAUAUUUACUUCAUGUGGUGUUUAAGACUUUGUGCACAUUCUAAAUGGGUCUGUAACCUCUCAAUGAAGACAUUAAGUUAUUUUCUGAAAUGUAUUUUCCUACUGAACACAUUAAAGA